AUGUCACAUUAUCGAACACCAUUAGAUAUUGUUCGCCGUCGAAAUGCUAGAUGGAACCCAAAGAAAGUACAAACUAAUAAUCAAUACCGUGCAUUAUACCGCGUAUUUGCUGCACCACCACACACGUAUUCAUAUUAUUACAUUAAUCGUACAACGCCAAUUGACAUACUCGAUAACCUCAUCGACCAUGCUCACACAACUCAACAUUUUUCGAUCGACGCCGAAAAUGACGUUACAACACAUCGACCAUCGUUAAUACAGAUACAAUUUGUUCAUGUUAAUCAACCAUCGAUCAUCAUAUUGAUUGAAACCCAACAUCUACCACCGAAAUCAUCUCCUCUAUUUAUUAAAAUUCGUCAUUUGUGUUCUCUUAUACUCACACCGACUAAUUCUUUAUACGCAUGGGGAGAUCCAAUUCUUAAACACAAUAUACAAUCAGAGUUCAAAGAUUGGUUCAAUGACAGGUAUCCAUCUGCACCUGAACGCAAAGAUGAACUAAAUGAUCAAUAUUCACUACAACAUGCAAUUAAACUCGUCUUUAAUCAAUGGUUAGACAAGGAGCUCACGAUGAGUAAUUGGGGAUGUGGUAUUGAUGAACGUUUGGCAACAGGUAUACCUCAAGCAUUAGUUGGGAUGGAUCAACAAGUGGAAAAUUACGAAACAUCAUUGCAAUCAUUAACAUUAGCCUCAUUAAAAUUAGAAUUACAAUAUGAAGAUAUUUCAGAUGAUGAAGACAUGGGAUUGAUACCGGUUCAUGUACAAGAUGAACCGCUCUUUCAUUCUCCCGUACCAGCCGAAGUGCGUGAUGAGUUAGUAGUCCAUGUACAAGAUGGACUAACCGAACCGUCGCCAUUACAAUACGAACCUAUUUCUGAUGAUGAAGAGGAUCAAAAUAUUGUUACACAGCAUAACCCUUCGUCAAUGCAUAAUCGUCUAGUAACACCUCAACGAACUGUUCGAAUAGAAAAACGUCGUUCUCCAGACAGACACAAACAAUAUAAUCAGCUACAAAACCGUCGACGUCGAGCCCGCAGAUAUGAACAUGAAGUAAUUCGUUCAAUUUAUCAUAAAUUUAGUAUCACAAAAGUUAAACGUAUACUUCGAUCCAUGAACAUUCGUUACGUCAAAUUUUAA